GCGGUGUUGCGGUGGCUAGGGGCGUCGCACGAGUUUCCCAGAGGUGUCCAAUUUACUCGCGUACUUCUUCGUUUGUUGUAAUAGUUAGCGGCUGGUUGUGCACAGAAAACUCAAGAGUGUGAGGAAGCGUUUGUCGGGGGUGGUAUGCGAGAGUGAUCAGUCUUGUACGUACGAGUUUUCGAGCCGUACAGGGAAGAAAUCAACCGUGAGGUCGCCGAUUCCGGCGAUCACCUUUCAUAACUGCGUCGCAUCCUUUAGCGCCGCGUCAAUGCAGUCGAUCGUCUCACUUCGGCGUUGCCGGCGCCUGAUGUCGCCAGGUUCUCGCCGCCUUCUAAGAACGUCGCCUGCCUGUCUGGAUGCCGACGAAGACGAUGCGUCCGACCUCACGAAACAGCGCUGGGACGUGGUCAUCUCGGGAGCUGGGCUCGCUGGAGCCGCUCUAGCUUGUGCAUUGGGGACAUCGGAGGCAUUUGCGAACAAGCGCGUGCUGCUCAUAGACAGGCGUCAACUCCGCUCGGAUCACGACGAGGAGAAUUGGAGCAACCGCGUGUACGCAUUGACUCCCGGAAGCAGGAGCUUCUUGCAAGCCCUUGGUGUGUGGGAGAUGCUGCCCAAGUCCAAAGUGCAGACCAUCAAGCGAAUGCGAGUUUGGGAAUCGCACUCCACUGCCUCCAUCGCCUUCUUCGGACGCACACUGGCCAAUGAAAUUGCAUUCGAUGUCGACAUGGGCAACCUUGCAGAUGCACUUUAUCGCCGGCUGGCACAGCUGCCCUCACAAGUGGUGCGUGUCGUCUCUGGAGUCAAGGUGAUGAACUAUGAGCUGCCAACAUUGGAAAGGCAUGACCCUAUAGAUCCUUGUCCACCGGUCAGAAUACAGGUGCUUGGAGAAGACGAGCCACUGGAAACCUCCCUUUUGGUGGGAGCGGACGGCUUCAACUCGCAAGUUCGCAAGAGCAUGGCUGUCAGGUGCCUCCAAUGGAACUACAACCAAAAGUCCAUCAUUGCCACCGUGAAACUGUGCGAGCCAGUGGACAAUACGGUGGCCUGGCAACGAUUCCUUCCAAACGGUGUGGUGGCCCUGCUGCCGCUCGACUCCGAACACUCUUCAUUGGUGUGGACAGUGAGAUCGGACCUGGCUGAUAAACUGAUGCAGCUGCCCGAGGACAGCUUCGUGGAUGCCCUCAACAAGAGCCUCUGGGGUGAAGGCAGGCAAAUGCCCCUGGUCAACACAGCCCUCUCCACAUUUGCGUCUGCACUUCAGAGGUUUGGCAUCGCGCCCCCUGCAUGCAGCGAUGCCCCAAUGCGCAUCCUCUCACUAGUGCCAGCGAGCCGGGCCACCUUCCCUCUGGGUCUGAGCUAUGCUGCCCACUAUGUACUACCCCGGGUAGCCCUCAUCGGUGACGCUGCCCAUCGAGUGCACCCAAUGGCUGGUCAGGGUGCGAACCUUGGCUUUGGUGACGCCCAGGAACUGGCUCAGCUCUUGGUUGAGUCUGUGUAUAAUGGAGAGCCAAUAGUGAGCUUCGACACGCUCUUACGGUACGAGACGUUGCGCCAGCGGCACACGGUGCCCUUCUUGUUGGCCAUUGAGGCUUUGGUUGGGCUGUACCGUUUCAACCUGCUGCCUGUGGUGGCUGCCCGCAGCCUGGGACUGCAGCUCAUCGACUCCUGGGUCGGUCUCAAGGAAAGGAUAGUUGAUCGUGCAUCAUAUUGAGUGAGGUUGCAAGCAGUCUGCCUGCAUAGGCAUUUUGUACAGAAUGAUCACAUAUGAGAACCUAUGGGUAAAUAUCUUUCACAAACGGUGAAGUGUUAAUUAAAGAAUGGCGAAUUACUGAUUAUUGUGGUGCUUAUUUUCUUGUCAUUCUUU